AGGAUUGCAACACGUAGGCAGGCACGCUUGUGCUCAGGCCACGUUCGGCUUAAAUUUAUAAUUAUUCUUACUUAUUUUUGACGCUGCCUGUUUGUGCCACUUUCCCAUCCUGUUUCAAGAGGCGGCCUCAAGAAUCGAAUCCAUGGUGUUCAAGACGCGGAAAUGAUGGGGAGUAGAGGAGAGCAAAAGACCCGACUUCAGGGGAGGGCCGGGCCACUUUUGGGGAAGUCGAAGGGAGUUUCCCGCGCUGGUCGGCUUUGCCAGGGCCAGGACAGGAGGCUGCUCCACGGAGGCGUGGCGCUGCAGCUGCAAACAGCAGGAGGAAAGGAAAAAGCAUCAGUUCUGGGGCAGGAAUGAUGCUGGGGCACGAACUGGGCUGCUAGAAACCACUUGGAAAGUUUUCUCCUCAAGCAGAAGAGGCGAGGCUUUGCAGACUGCGAGGCAAUGCCAAGGGUCGUGCGUUAAAGCUUGUCAAAAGGGAGGGGGUAAGAGCUUCAUUACUCGGAGGAGCGAGCUGGCAGAUGUCCCGAGCGAGAGAAGCUCUUCCUCCAGGGCCUGGAAGGCCAGCGCGUGCAGCUCCGCCUGAAAAGAGCUUUUUGAUCUCACUCCCUCGAGAAAAGUCUGGAGACAGAAUGGCUGUAGGGGAGAAAGAGAUAACAGAACUUUCAAAUAACCAGAGUAUACAAGCAAAUACACAAGACCAGUCAGUCUGGGGAAAUAAUGGUGAUGACCUCGUCAGAACCCAGCCUGAACGUUCGCCCCUGCCAAAUGCUUCAGUCCUUGAAAAGUACAAGGAAGAAACUGGCAGAACACAAAAUGGUCAUGCAGGUCUGAGUAAUGGAAGUGGAAUUCACAAUGGAAUCAAACCUGUAGCAAAAGAUAAUAGAACAUUCUCAGCACCAGUUUCCCAAAAAAUGCACAGAAAAAUUCAGUCCAGCUUGUCUGUUGGCAAUGAAAGCAGCAAGAAAAGCUCUGCAUAUUCUCAUAAGCCAGGCUCUUCUCCCGAAGAACGCUUUGCAAUGCCGAAACGAGGAGAGACUCUGCUGUCUUCAGAAGAAGACAGCGAGGAUUCCUGCAAACGCCCCCAGAAUGGAGCGGGCAACACAGAAAUCAUCCAGAAGGGAACGACCGCAGUCCCCCCAGUGGGAGAAACGCAUCAUGCAGACGGUUCCCAGCCAACUGAGUUUUCGCACCAAAAGGAAGGAGUGCACAAAAUGGCCGUCAGCCAUGACAGUUCACCAAACAGAUGUUCUCGGAUGCCAGCCUUCAGGGUUGGGGAGCGACACUAGAGGGCAUCCCGGUUCAAGGGACUUGGUCGACAGCGGAGACCCAUCUACACAUCAAUAUAUUGGAACUACGAGCGAUUCGCCUUGCCCUCAAACACUUUCAACAUUUGUUGGUAGGAGCUCAUGUCCUUGUACGGACGGACAAUACAACAGCCAAAUCGUACCUGAACAGACAGGGAGGAUCCAGGUCGACAGACCUACAGAGGGAAGCCAUCCUACUGAUCCAAUGGGCAGAGACUCAUAAAUCCUCCAUCCGAGCCGAACAUAUCCAGGGCAAUCUAAACAUUCAGGCAGAUUGGCUGAGCAGACAGAGCAUACACCCAGGAGAAUGGCACCUGAAGGAGGAGAUCUUUCAUUGGAUCUCUCAAAGUUUGGGAACUCCGAUACUGGAUCUCUUUGCCUCCAAUCUGAACAAACAGCUUCCCAGAUUCAUUUCAUGAUUCCAUCACCCGGAAGCGGAAAACACUGAUGCCUUAUCUUCCAGAUGGCCUCCCGGAACUCUUUAUGCCUUUCCUCCCUUUCCCAUGAUCCCCAGACUCUUACGGAAGAUCAAGGAGGAACAAGCAGAUGUUAUUCUUGUGGCACCCUGGUGGCCCAGACGUCCAUGGUUCACCAACAUCUUACAGAUGUCAGUACGCAAACCCCUAUGUCUCCCACUUCACCAAGACUUGCUCAGUCAGGGUCCCAUUUUUCACCCGGAUCCAAAGAGGUUGAACUUGACCGCCUGGAGAUUGAAAGGCGACAAUUAGUGUCUAGAGGUUAUUCCACAGCCAUAUUAAACACUAUCCUAGCCUCCAGAAGGCCUUCCACCAAGAGAAUCUAUAACACCACGUGGAAAGCCUUUGUUAGAUGGUGUUGGCAGAAGAAGGUUCCGCCUACAGAACCCAAGAUUAGUGACAUAUUAGCCUUCCUACAGGAAGGCUUGGAAAUUGGUCUUAGAGCUAAUACCCUUCGCAGAAAGGUGGCAGCACUGACCUCAGUACUUCCUAGACUGGAAGGUUUUGUCCCUACCUCCCACCCACACAUUGUCAGGUUUCUUAGGGGAGCCACCCUGAAGGAUAGACCAGUCAACCAUCAUUUCCCGACGUGGAGGUUGCACACUGUCUUACAUGCACUUACUGCAACUCCCUUUGAGCCUAUUAUGGACGUUCCGUUAAAGCACCUCAGAAUGAAGGUUAUUUUUUUAGUUGUCAUCACUUCUGCCAGAAGGUUUUCUGAACUGGCAGCAUUUUCAAUCAAACCACCACUAUGUGUAUUUCACAAGGAUAAGGUGGUCUUGUGUACGGACCCUGCGUUUGUUCCCAAGGUUAAUUCUACCUUCCAUAGACGACAGGAGAUAUUUUUACCUACUUUUUGUGCAGAUCCAAAACACCCUAAGGAGGCGUAUUGGCAUAAACUUGACAUCAGAGCAGCGACUUGGUCCUCUCUUUCCACGUUCGUUCGUCAUUAUAGGUUGAAUGUCUACAGUGCGGCCGAUUCAGAUUACAGCCGCAGGGUACUACAGCACAUCAUAGGAGAGGAUUUCGACCCCACCCUUUAGUUACUGUGACACUGCUAGGGAAGGUCACCCAGAUGUCCUCUUGCUCAAUGGAGAAACAACAUUGGUCUUACCCGUGAAGGAGACUUCUCCAUUGAGCAAUUGAGGACAUCUGCCCACGCAAAAUGGUCAUACAUCCUCUCCAGUAUUUUUCAUAUCAUUGUAGUUUCUUUUUUCUUGCUGUAGAGGCCCCUUUUUUCUCAGGGAUCAAUUCUCCGUUUUUUUCUGAUAGGGCUCUUAGGUGUUAUCGUUCUCUGUUUUUGUGGUUUUUUCCUGGACUAUUUAGUCCUUUCCCUUGUUAUGGGAGGCCGUUUGCCCGGGAAUUCUUUAUCUACAAGUUUUUUCCAGAACCUUCGUUUUUCAGUCGUGUACUGCUUUUUGGAGAGACCAGAACUGGAGAGCAAGAGAGGAGGCAGACCUUCAGAAAGCGGAGGAGCCUGGGAGAAUUUUUUAAUUAACCCCUGCCUUCCUGAAAGGAGAUCAAA